AAAGGUGUCAAAUGUACAAGAAUUUAGGUUAUGUUAUGAGAUUGUUUUAGUGAAAUAGAAAAGAAACAUAAAAUAUUCCAUCACCAACAGAUUCAAAAUGCUUCCCCACAAUUCUCUUUUAAAACGCACAAUUCCUAUAGUGGUUCAAUGCGCAGGCGCCCACCGAAAACCCCGCUGGCUUCCUGUCGCAAAAAGCAAAAUUUACCGAAUCCCAAAGCGCCCAGAGAUAUCAGAGGAGGAACGUAUAGAGUUGCUACGAAUCAACAACAAUUAUCACACACAAAUGCGGGCGAUACGGCGCUUUUAUCACGAAGAAAUGAUUAAAGAGAAAUCUACAUUGGAGAGUGCUAGUUCAGAGAUGUCAAUCAAAGUGGAGGCCGAGGAAUGGGAGCGGUUCAUCAAGGUGAACGAGGAGUGGAACGCGAAGGUGGCCGCGGAGCGCGAGGAGCGCCGCAAGCAGCAGCUGGCGGAGCGGGAAGAACACAUCCUCUUGCGGAUGCAGAAAAAAGACGACUUUAUGAGGCAACGCAUUGAAAAGGCUUCACAGGAGAUUAGAAAACAAAAGGAAUUAAGUGCCACAUUCAUCACCCCAGAGACCCUGGACGAGGCCAUCGAGAGAGCCCUGGCCAACCCUGUUGACUACAACUUUGCCAUCGACCUGCAGGGCAACCAGAUACCCGGCAGAGAAACACUAGCAACUCCCACGGAAAAAGCAAAAGCUGCUAGUACAUCAUAAUAA